AACCUGCUCACUCCAAAUAUCUUAUUUCAUGCGCAGGCUUCAGUCCAGCUUGAAGAGAGAAGAGGCUUCACCAUCAGGAGCAAUGGAUUUGUCCGUGCAGUGUGGGCUGUGAGGCAUAGGAAGCUAUACCGAGCCUUAUCACUGAGUCACAGAAGGAAAACAAAUUCUUGGCAGGAUCGCAUAAAGCCAGUGAACUGUCAGCACAACCCAUCGGGAUAAGCACAAACGCUUUUACUCUGAAUCGAUGACCAAGCAAUCCCGUAGACAAAGGAAAUAAGUUGGCUAAAGUGUGUAAGCGCAGGCACUGAGGAAGUUCAGUUGGAAAUGAUCAGAAUGCUAUCGAGCUACUUGUCAGUCGUGAGCUGUGCGUUUACAUUCCUGGCCGUGUCAGUGUCCAGCUCCAACAAUAAAGCGACAGACAUCUCAGACAAACGGCAGCAUCGGAUUCAGCAUGGAUCCUGCAGCUACACGUUUCUCCUUCCCGAGAUCGAGAACUGCCAACCACCCCCUGACCACCACAUCUCCAAUUCACUGCAGAGGGAUUCGCCCGUUGAAUCCGACUGGUCCUCAAAACGGCUGCAACAGCUGGAAGGCAUCCUGGACAACAAUACACAGUGGCUGCAGAAGCUUGAAACCUACAUUCAGGACAGUGUGAAGAUGGAGAUCGUGGAUAUCCAGAGGAAUGUGGUGCACAACCAGACUGCAGCAAUGUUGGAGAUAGGAACCAAUCUCCUGACUCAAACUGCAGAACAAACUCGCAAGCUCACUGAUGUGGAGAUACAGGUUCUGAACCAAACAUCACGCCUUGAAAUACAGCUGCUAGAAAACUCGCUGUCAACCAACAAACUGGAGAAUCAGAUCAUGGUGCAGAACCUGGAAAUUACUAAACUCCAAGAAAAAAACAGCUUUCUGGAGCAGAAAAUCGUAGAGAUGGAAGGCAAACAUGAAUCUGAGCUGGAAUCAGUGAAGGUGAAGCAGAGCACCAUUAGUGGUGACCUGGAGAAUCGCAUGAGUACCAUCAUGGAGAAUAAUAGUGCCCUGCAAAGCCAGCAAGUGUCACUCAUGGAGACCGUCAACAAGCUGCUGAAUAUCGUUUUCCACUCCAACGAAAUUCAUCAAAUUCAAAAAGAAGAACCAGUAGUUUUUAAAGAUUGCGCUGAAGUGUUCAAAUCAGGAAUAACCAGAAGUGGCAUCCACACGCUCCAUAUCCCAAAUGUCACGGAAUCGGUGCAGGUGUUCUGUGACAUGGAGACCAGUGGAGGCGGGUGGACAGUGUUCCAACAUCGGGAAGAUGGGAAUGUGAAUUUCCACCGGGGCUGGAAGGAAUACAAAUCAGGAUUUGGUGACCCCCAUGGAGAAUACUGGCUGGGAAAUGAGGUUGUCCACCUGCUCACCAGCCGGUCACCUCACGUCCUACGCAUUCAACUGAAAGACUGGAAUGGAAAUGAAGCAUUUGCUGUCAUUGACCAUUUCUUCCUGGAAAGUGAGGAGAAGAAAUAUCGGCUGCACGUAAGGGGUUACAGUGGAACAGCUGGUAGGACCAGCAGCUUCAGCUCCUCUGGUACACAGUUCAGCACCAAGGACUCCGACAAUGAUGACUGUCGCUGCAAAUGCUCCCAGAUACUGUCUGGAGGAUGGUGGUUUAAGGCAUGUGGCCCUUCCAACCUGAAUGGCAUGUAUUACUCUCACUGGACGGAGAAAAGUCCAUUUAACGGCAUCAAGUGGCACUACUGGAAAGGUUCGGACUACUCCCUCAAGCACACCACCAUGAUGAUCCGGCCGGUGGCUUUCUCAACACUCCACUGAAACCGCUUUCCUGAACAGCUAAUCAAAUUUGUCAUCACAUGCAAGGAAUAUUCUGCAUCCGUCACACAACCACCUAUUUAAGUUUAUUAAAUCAUUUAGCAUACACUGGUGAGAUGUCCAUUUUGAAGGCUUCAUCCUUAGCUUGCACUCUGCAACUUAUCUGUAAAAUAAUUUGUUUCAAUCUUCCUGCUCAUGUUCAGUGAUGAAAAGCCAGACAGGAGACCUCCUGGCAGCAAUCUCAAAAGGAGAUCAUUGAAUGACGUUGUUGGACUGGCCCCUCAGGGCUCCUCCAGUUCAACCUGUUGAUAUGAUCAGGAUAGGAUAAAGUGUGUUUGAAAAUGUGUAUUCUUUGUCAGCAGCUUCACAGUGGUCUUCAGUACAGGUACUGUAUGCACCUGUACACUCCUGGAUGAGGUACUGAGCCUGAUGACCACAGCAGGAAAAUGAAUCAUGAAUGUAACAUGGUUAAUUACUGUAUUUAUCCCAUGUUUGAGCACUUCCUUUAUGAACCUUUUUAUCUUUUGAGGUAAAGAAAAGCACUGCAUAUUUACAUGAUUGUGUUUACUGACCUGGAUCGUUUCUAGGUGUCUGAGGAGGGCAAGUUUUUUUGGUAGACACAGCCCCCCCAUUAUUAACAUGCAUGGCCCAUUCCAAACAAUAAUUACUUGUUGGCUACCAGCACCAUUCACAUUCUAACUGCGGAGCUGGCUGUUCGCACUAUUAUGAUUUCAACGUUUUGUUUGAUGUACUGUCUUCUAGAUCAAUAUACUUUGGUUACACUACUUCAUUCCAGCUAGUGCCUGCAGUACACCUGUUGUGAACAUUUCAGUUGUUGCAAUCUGAGCAAACCCAUCCAGUUUGAAGAAGGGUCUCGACCAGAAACGUCACGCAUUCCUUCUCUCCAGAUAUGCUGCCAGUCUCGUUCAGUUACUCCAGCUUUUUGUGUCUAUCUUCAGUUGUGAUUACCACUUUCACAUGAGACGUUCUUGCUGUUCACUGCUUGGAGAGUAAGCUUCCAACCAAUGUCCUCAAAGUUCUUGUUGUUCAAAGUGCCAUAGACUAGGGAGGAGGUUAGUGGUCAAUGCUGUGAGCAAACAAAUUAACCUGCCACUAAGAUUCAUUUGUGAUGUUUGCAACUGGGAAACACUCUUAAAGGAGUUAACUGUCGGUUUUGCAUUUGAAACACAUGUGGGUCAUCAUUGAUACUGCAAUCAUAUUUUUCAGAUAUAUAGUUUAUUCAUAAGAAUUUGCAAUAUAUAAUAGAGCAAUUCACAUCUCAAUAGUAUGCCAUUUACAUACACGAUUCACAUUAUAUCAACAUGGCAUCAAUUUUUCUUUAACUUAUUCCCCUGACCAAACAGAGCAAAAUAUUUCCAUGUGGGUUCUAGAGUUGGUACUAAACUAAGUAUGUUCCCCGUGGAGACAGUGCACUGUUCCCUAUGCAGCCGGUGCACUGUUCCCCAUGCAGCCCGUGCAAAACUGCACCAUGCAUCAACGUGUCCUCCAGCACAGCGUCUUGUACUAGUUGUAUACAUCUAGUUGUGGACAGCUCCUGGCAUUCAAAGACCAGCAGCCUACAGGUGUCUCUAUAUUAUUCCCCCCACUUUCCUGGCAAGGAGAUGGGUAAGGUCUCAUCUAGGCAGCCUAGAAUGAUGUUGCUUCUCAUAUUCUCCAUUAAGGACUCAUCAGAGAGAGUAUCCUUCUCAAUAUCAGCCAAGCAAUGUCUUUUUGUUGUAAUGUUGUAAUGAUGAGGCAUUUUGCCAAAUGACUUUGACAAUCAGGUCAUAGAUCCAUCCAACACGAUCCAUCAUCUCCACUGUCCACAAUGCCUGAAGGAUAUUCCGUAUAGACUAGUGCUUUAUACAGUGCGGUGCUUUCAUUACAUCAGCAUAUCAUUUCUAUAUUGUCAGAUCACGAAUCUGAAAUCCAGAAUACAUUUUAUUUACAAAUCCCUCCAUGACCUCAGCCCUCCUCUUUUUAUUGUUUCUGGAUGUUGUCCUCACAUUUACAUUAUCUCCAGAAUAACAGUUUCUUCCCUUCAGCAACACUGAUUAAAUUGCACCAUUGUUAAUGGUUGUGUUUACAAGACCACCAAUUAUGGGAUUUUCUCCCUUAACUUUAUACUUUUUCUUCAACAGUCUCCUUAAAACGUAUUACUUUCCCCAUGUUUUGUCCUGAACUAGAGGUGUGAGAUAUAUCAUUGUUUGCGUAAUACAGAUGCCAAUCACUGUUGCUGUUGGGCUUUGGCCAAACCCAAUCACAGCACUACCUACGAGAAACCAGUGGAGAUGUGGUAAAAGAAAAUAAAACAAAGCGACAUUUUCCAGCUUCAGUAGGUAACUUCCUUCACUUUCCUUGCUGCCUAUUGCUUUCCGUGCAACCUCUGUCAUGGGGUGGCAUGACAGAUGCAGGGAGUUGAAUUUCCUCAACUUUUCAAUUUUGGCAUUGUAAACUACAAGUUUUUGCUCUUCAAACCAUGCAUGACAUGCCUUUCUGCCCACUACUUUCCCAUUAAGAAUG